AUGAUAGCUUUGUCAAUAAUUGUCAAAAUUGCCGAAUUAAGGCCCUCUCCAGAAGAAACUGAAGAGUCCACCAAAAUGUGGAGUGGAGGAGUAGACCUACAAGGACCUUUAUUCAUACACGAGCCUCCUCAUCGAGUAGAAUUCAGCAAUAGUUCGGGAGGAAAAGUAGACUGUACCGCACAAGGUAGUCCCCCGCCGGAAGUUGAGUGGAUUCUUGCGGAUGGAUCUCCUGUACAUCAGAAAAAUUCACCAUAUCCUAAAGGUCUCAAAGUACACACCGAGGUUGGUAGUUUGAAACAAAAAUAUGUGUACUUUGAAACGCUUAUUUAUUGGACGUUAAAUGCAGAUAAAUCGAUAGAAAAUGUCAUCUCAGCAUUUGUUCUGGCAGUGCCCGCCACUACUGAAAGAGCUUCUAGUUUCACCACCAUAUCUUCGACAGACAAUUCAUAG